AGUAGCAACAGCGGCGGUGCGACAGUCACCGAUAGCUACAGAGUGAUAAUAAUAAACACGUCGCUCCGGCUGUUUGUCGCUCUGACUUUAGUACGUAGGAAUAGAUUGCAGUGUUCGCACAUACAUUUUAUUCGUUGCUAAUCGAGUGGAAUACGUUUGUUGGUCACAUUUUUGGAUUCGAUUAAAAAAAAUUUCUAUUUAAAAACUUCGUAACUUAUUAAAAUAAAUUCAUCAAUAUCAAAAUGUCAUUGGUCCGCAUUAUUGGAGCUGAGAUGCGUUCGGCUGUAGCUCGUCGUAUGUACUCCAGCAGCACCGCACCAAUCACUAAACUUUUUCUCGAUGGCAAAUUUGUUCAAUCAAAAACCACCGAAUGGGUUGAUCUGCAUGAUCCAGCCACCAAUGAAGUCGUUACACGCGUGCCAAAGGCUACGCAAGGUGAAAUGUUGGCUGCCGUUGAAUCGUCCAAGGCAGCAUUCAAAUCAUGGAGCCAGACAUCGAUUUUAACACGUCAGCAGAUCAUGUUCAAAUUGGCACAGAUCAUUCGAUCAAAUAUGAAAUUGUUGGCCGAAAAUAUCACCAAGGAACAGGGUAAAACGUUGAUCGAUGCUGAAGGAGAUGUACUGAGAGGAUUGCAGGUCGUUGAGCACAUGUGCAGCAUUACAAGUCUUCAAAUGGGAGAAGUUUCACACAAUAUCGCCAAGGAUAUGGAUACAUACUCAUUGACUCUUCCGAUUGGUGUUACGGCUGGCAUUUGCCCAUUCAAUUUCCCGGCUAUGAUUCCAUUAUGGAUGUUCCCAGUUGCGAUUACGUGCGGCAAUACCAGUAUUAUCAAACCAUCAGAGAGAGACCCUGGAGCUACAAUGUUGCUUAUGGAAAUGUUGAAUGAAGCAGGGUGUCCACCUGGUGUCGUAAAUGUCAUCCACGGCACAAACGAUUCGGUCACAUUUAUCUGCGAUAAUCCAGACAUCAAAGCAGUGUCAUUCGUUGGCUCGGACCAAGCGGGAAAAUACAUCUAUGAACGUGCCUGUCGCAAUGGAAAACGCGUGCAAUGCAAUAUGGGUGCCAAGAAUCAUGGUAUCAUUAUGCCUGAUGCAAACAAAGAAAAUACUUUGAAUCAAUUGGCUGGUGCAGCAUUUGGUGCGGCGGGUCAACGCUGUAUGGCCUUAUCGACGGCAGUAUUUGUAGGCGAAGCAAAUGAUUGGCUCCCAGAUUUAGUGAAGCGAGCUCAAGGUCUCAAAGUUAACGCUGGCCACGUACCUGGAACUGAUUUGGGCCCAGUCAUAAGUCCACAGUCAAAACAACGAAUUCACAAUUUAAUUGAAUCGGCCACAAAAGAAGGUGCCAAAAUUAUUUUGGAUGGUCGCAAUAUUAAUGUGAAGGGAUAUGAAAAAGGAAACUUCGUUGGACCAACGAUCAUCACCAAUGUUAAUCCAUCGAUGCAAUGCUACAAAGAAGAAAUAUUCGGUCCGGUGUUGGUUUGCCUGUCUGUAGAUACUUUAGAUGAAGCCAUCAAUAUUGUCAAUAAUAAUCCAUACGGAAAUGGCACUGCGAUCUUCACAAAUAAUGGUGCUACAGCGCGUAAAUUUGUGAAUGAAAUCGAUGCUGGUCAAGUUGGUGUGAAUGUCCCUAUUCCAGUGCCCCUUCCGAUGUUUUCAUUCACUGGUACUCGCGGUUCAUUCUUGGGAGACCAUCAUUUCUAUGGUAAACAAGGCAUCAAAUUCUAUACACAAACCAGAACGGUUACACAAUUGUGGAGAGAAAGUGAUGUUACGCACACUAAAUCGGCUGUUGCUAUGCCAACUAUGAAAUGAAAUACUCUUCGAAGACAAUAAAUCAAAUCAAAUAUUUCUUAAGUAUUCCAGCUGAAAAUGUAACAGGAGGAAAAUUGAAGGUUUUGAUUGUAUACAAGAAUUUAAUUUUUUUUAAUAACUGCAUUUUUGAGUUUGACUGUCAUUUGAACGGGAGAAAGUAAAAUUAAAUGUGAAUGCAUUUUUGGUAUAAUUUGAAUAAAAACAAAUGAAUCAAUUUCAACUGUUUGUGACGACUUUUUCUAUACAAAAAUUAAGAUAAAGAAACAAAUUGUUUAAAAAACUUAUUUCUAGGAUUAUAAAAAAGGGGCACUUAUUUAAAACGGAAUGUAAGGAAGUGCUUUUGAUUAUUACACGAGAAAAAAUUUACAAUUAAAAAUAAUCUCAAUUGAA